UCGACUGAUGAGCGAUUAGCCAACCAAAACAAUUCUUCUUUUCAACUCCAGUUCAAAAAAGCGACGAGGCUGAACAAUUUCUCCUUCCACGUUUUUCUGCCCCAUUCGCAGCAAACCCAACAACUUGACAACUUGAGCACAAUGCCGAAACGCAAGCGCGGCGCCUACGAAGAAGGGGGCACGCGAAAACAUGACGCCGAGGAGAAAAUUGCGCAGGGCAAGAAAUUGCUGCACCGGGCGUUGAAGACGGCCAAAGGCUUCGAGCGGCAGAAAUUAGGGAAGCGGCUCACGAACGCGCGGGCCCAGUCCAACGAAGGCGAUGUCCAGAGGAUCAAUAAGGAGAUUGAGGUGCUGAAGGGGCUGGAUUUGGCCAAGGCGGGGGAGACGCAUCUGAAGAAGACGGUGCAGAAAAUCAAGGCGUUUACAGAGAGCGAGUUUUUGCCGGACGAGAUGAGGACAGAGAUCGAGAGGCCACGCUUGGAAGAGGAGGAGAUUAAGGCUUUGAAUAAUGUUUUGAGUGGCAUGUUUAAUAUGAAAGCCGUUAAGGAGGUCAUGAGCCAGAUUAUUAAGGAUCUGUAUAUUAUUCUGGGGAUACCGGCUCCUGGUGGGAAGGGGAAGGGGAAUGGUACGGAGAAGAAGGAGCCGGUGAAGGGGAUCUUGAAGAGUGCGCCCCAGCCUACCGAGUCUACAGACGAUAAGAAUGGGGACCAAGACAUGGAAGACCAACCAGCGGAACCUGCCUGGGAGGGGUUUGACUCUGGAGAUGAAAACGACGAGCAGGAUUCCAACAACGACAGCGAAGACGGUGACACAGACGUUGAAGAUGAAGAAGAUCUCGACGAGGAAGAGCUGUCACGCUACGAUGCCCUCUUGGGCGGAUCCUCCGACGAAGAAAGCUUCGACGAAGAAGAGUACAAGUCAAAACGUGCUCCCCAAUCCUCAAAAAGGCUCUCCGUUUCUCUAUCACCGUCGCCCUCGCCCUCGCCUUCUCCUUCGCCUUCUCCCCCUCCGCAAAAGAUUCCCAAAACGACAAAGUCCAAAGCCGCCCCCGCUAAGGUCGGCGGCUCAACCUUCCUCCCCACUCUAAUGAGCGGCUACUGGGAAGGCUCCGAAUCAUCAGCUUCAGAUAUUGAAGAUGGGAUCGCGGGAGCGCCAGCCAAGAAGAAGAAUAGAAAGGGGCAGAUGGCACGACAGGCGCUGUGGGAGAAGAAGUAUGGGCAGCGGGCGAAUCAUAUCAAGAAGGGCCUUGGACCGGUAGCGGAGAGGAAAGGAGCGAAGGAUGAUGGGUGGGAUCCCGUUAGGGGUGCCAAGGAUACGAGUGCCAGACGAGGGUUUGGGAAUAGGGGGAGGGGGAGAGGAGGGAGGGGGGAUCGGGGUGGUGAUAGGGGAGGUGGUAGGAGGAGUGAAGGACGAGGCACGAAUGAAAAUGCGACGGCUGUUGGUGAGAGGAAGAAGCCGGCGCCCAAGAGGGAUGACGUGGGUGUGUUGCAUCCUAGUUGGCAGGCUGCUAAGAAGGCCAAGGAGAUGAAGCAAACGGCUUCUUUCCAGGGGACCAAGGUGGUCUUCGAUUGAAAUGAGCUUGGCCAUAUACCCAAUUAUUCGAAGGAUAUUCGCCUAUUGCAAUGGCCCUUAUCUGCUGAACGCGAAAGAGAUCCUUGCAGAU